AUGGCGAGUCAAGAUAUCACUACAGACCUUCUCAUCGUUGGGUCAGGUCCUGUAGGGGCCACCUACGCGAGAAAGAUUAUGGACCUGAGUGCCAAUUCCCAGAAAAAGCCUAAGAUUACCAUGGUGACGUUGCAGGACGGAUUUGAUCCUUCCCUCGCAGCCCCCUCGAUAGCAGCUCCCUUGACAUGUGGAGCACCCGAGCCGCACCAAGCUGAGCUACCAGACAAAUACAGACCUGAAGACUGGAACAGCCUUAUGAAAGAGGCCAAAGACUUGAUCAAUGUCAACAACACUGCCUUCGACGAGACGUCUCUCCGCCAAGCAAUUGUGAAGGAGACACUGGCAAAGUCCUUCGAAGGCAGACAAGUUGAAUCCCUCCCACUUGCCUGCAAAAAGGAUGCUACCAAUGGCUCGGUUAGCUGGUCAUCAGUUUCCACCAUCCUCGGCGAUCUAAUCGAUCCCAAGUCUUCGACGGCUCAGCAAUUCCAGCUGCUGUACAGUCACCUGUGCACGAAACUGGUCUUCCAAGACCCUUCGAACAAGGACAACAAUCAGAUUGCUCAUGCGAUUGUCAAAGACCUCGCGCAACGCACGGAAAAGAAAAUCACCGCGCGUUACUAUGUCAUUUGUGGGGGUGGCAUCCAUACUCCCCAAUUGCUUUUCAACUCCGGUUGCGAGCAAUCCAGUUCGAGCGACCGUUUGCCUGCCUUGGGCCGUUACGCAAUGAGGCGGACACCGAUAUUAUGUCAAGUAAUCCUUAAAAAGGACUUGGUUAAUGCCGUACCGAAAGCCAACAGCGAGGUCUGGCAGGGCUUGAUCAAUGAACACAAACGGAAGCAUCCAGAGGAUACCAUUCCGAUUCCCAAAAGUGACCCCGAACCACAGGUUGCCUUGCCCUUCUCUGAGAAGAAACCGUGGUACACUGAGAUUCACCGUGACCCUGCUUUAGCCGUCUCCGAGGAGAAACCGCCGUCCACUAUGUUUGGUGGCAACCCUGCUUUUGGGAGCAAACCUAGUAGUGCCGUGGACCAACGGGUGGUCCUUCAUCUUCAGUCUUUUGGAUACAGCACACCUAACGCAGCAGAUUGUUUUGAGUUCAAAACCGGUAUUGCGGAUAUGUGGGGUAUGCCCAUGUACGAGGCUAGAUUUGAGCAAAACACAGAGGAUAACGAAAGAUGGCGUAAUAUGAUGAACGAUAUGACGCAAGUUGCUUCGAGUCUGGGAAGUUAUAUGCCAGGUGCAGAGCCGCAGUUUGGGGGGUUUGGACAACGCCCCGGAUGGACAUGUUCGACCAAGGAUGACUCGUGCGUGGAUGCGAACUUUUGCGUUCAUAAUUCGACGAACUUGUAUCUUGGUGGAAACAGUGUGAUCCCUACAGGCAUCGCAGGCAACCCGAUGUUGACUACGAUUGGCUUUGCGAUCAAAGGUGCAUCGGACCUUUACAAGAAGAUGGUGAAUUAA